CAGUCAACCAUCUCACAUGCUCUGUCGCCCAGGGCAGGUGGGGGUCGGUGGACUUGAUACGACAGAUUGCCUUUGACAGCCAGGUGACCGCAAAAGAGACCCAGAGAAUGUGAUACUUGAUGCUCGAUCGUACUGGAGCAACUCGCUCCAAGUAUGGUUCAUGUUUGUCCGUUCAGUCGUGAAUGAUUGCUGCGUUCGGCACGACACAGGUGGCAUCGAUGUCCACAUUGAGUGCUUCCCCAGUUUCCGCCCGUCUCCCCACAUCUCCAUACUUUGUCUUCCCUAUGGGGAGCAGCAGAUUCGCCUCCAUGUCACCGUACACAUGCGAAGCCAGCGCAACCUCGCUUUUCCAUUGCCCUUCAUGUCAGAGAACGGAGGACAUUUGGAUUGCGAGAUGUAUGAAACGGAGGAAGGGGAGGUAUCCUCCUGGCCAGUCGGUGGACGUUGUUGGCGCCUUCAAGCACAGGUGGAAGCUCGACGACGAGACUGUGCGCCGCCUCCGCGAGUUGAACCACAGGGACCUCAGACACGUCAUGACCGAGUACGACGGCGAGCGGUCGAUCGAGGACGUCCUGGGCGAAGUCAGCAUAGAGAUGCCAGACGAAGACGAUAUGAAAACCGUGGACGGCGCCCCGCAACAGCCCGGCGUCCUCACCAUGGGCAGGCUGAACCGCCUGGAGCUCAUCGAUCCAACCGCGGACGCGUUCAUAGCUGGCGAUGCCAACUUAACUUUCGCAGAGCUGCUGGCAAAGCACCGCGAGGGCCUCGGCCACGUCGGUCGCGUUGUGGCGACGACUUUCGAGUCCAUCGAGAUCUGCCGGGAGCGAUACAAGGAGAUCGAUACCACCAUCAAGACCAUCGAGGAUCUCAACGGCGAGGUGCUGCACGACGUGGACUGCACCCGCCUUGCGGUGGACCCCCGCUUCAAGGGCAUGACUGGCAAAUUCGGGGCUGUAUACUAUAACUUUCCACAUGCCGGCGUGGUCGGCGGCUUCUUCGACGGGCACCCUUUCGUGCGGUGGCGGCACGAGAACUUGAUGCAUUUGUUCUUCAGCGCACUCCGCGUGUUCGUGAAGCCCGGAGGCGUGGUGAAGGUGGCGUCCAAUGCCAACGCGACCGGUGUGCGUUUCUCGGACAUCAUGAUGGCCGCAGAGAUGAACGAGUUCACUCAUGUCGAGACGGUGCCGUUCCUCGAGUGGCAGCUACGCGGCUACCUGCGGUCCUACGGGGACCGCCGCGACGCCAACAGGCGACCUGGUGACGGUGAGAACUACAGGAGCCAGCGGGCCCACUCCGACAUGGUCUCGCGCUUGCCAGCACUGGGCACAGGGUAAUUGCGACGUGCUGCAGCGUGUGCACCCUCUCGUUCGGAUUAUUCUCGUUCUCUCCGUUUGCCUCCUCGUCCUCCUAAUUGCGUAUGCUGUUUUUUUUUCUUGGCCGCCGACGCGGGGGGGUAUUGUCGCCACAGGUGGACUUCGAAGAUUGAGUGAUAGUCAGUGAUAGGGAGGAGGGGGCGAAUCUGAUGAUAUAGUGG